CAAACAAGAGAACAACUUGAUAUUUUUCUCUCUAGAAGAUCAGAACUCCCUCCACCGCAUAAAUUUUUAUGAAUUUUCUAGGAAAAAGAAAAUAUGAAUACUCGUCAAAUUGUGAUUAAUCAUAUAGGAAAUUGCUUGUUCAUUUCCUAUUUUGCUUCUCUCUUAUAAAAGUAGCCAAUGAUAACAACUCAGUUUCUUAAUAUUUUUGCAUGUUCCAUUUUUUUAUCCAUUGCAUAGGGAAAGUUUUUUCUUUCCUGAACUGUUAUUAGGAGCUAGGGAAUUUUUCUUGCAACUCAAAAGGGUUUGUUUCUUUCCCAUUUUAAUUGCAUUAUCAUAUGCUUUUGUAUACGGAUUUCUUAAGCAAGAACAUGAGGUACUUGAUUCCUAAGAUUUGUUGCAAAAUUGCAUUUUCGAGCUUGAUUGUUUGAAUUUUUUUUUCAAAGUAAUAUACUUUUAUCUAUGUACCUUUCUAGAACUGAACAAAGCUCAGCUCUGAAUGCUUGAACAAAACAAAAAUUCUCUGCAUAUUUCACGUUCUGUUCUUUUGAUUUGCUUCUGUUUGAUUUAGUCUUAAUUCAUUUUAGCUUGUUCGUAGAGAAGAUAUUUCAGUUUCUCACUGAUUACCUCUUUAAUUUGUUCACAGAAUCUGACAUCUGAAACCAGCAACAACCAUCACAAAAGCACCAAGAAAAGCAGCAGCAGAGAAAAGAAAGAAAAAAUGCUGCUAAGAAGCUCUUCAACUCCAGUUCUUGGAUCACUCCUAGCAGAAAUUCCUAACAACAACAAUCACUAUGAAACCAGCACCCCCCUCAGGCAUUAUCCAUCUAACUCCUUUCACCACAACCACAACAGACUCUCAUUUCAUCCCUCUCCAGGCUCUGUCCACAUAUCUACUACAGUUUCUUGGGGCUCCUCUCCUAUAUCUCCCUCUUUUGUUGAUCAAUUCUCUGAUUUUGAACGUAGAGACUUUCACAGGGCUCAUUCUGAAGGAAACUUGGAAGGACUCAUCCAUGCUACUUGCGAUAUCAAUGAAAAGUUCUAUAAUCAGAACCAACCCAAGAAGCUUUCUGCAAGACACAAGUGCUUAAUGUUGCAAACCAUCCCUUCCUUUUCCCUUUAUAAUUUGAGGGCGAGGUGUGAAGAAGAAGAAGAAGAAGACGAGAGUCAUAUAGAAGAGAAGGAAGAGGAGUUGAAAGAAAAUGAAGAACUAUUGGAAAGUAGUGUAAUGGCUAUGAAUGGUAGCCAUAACGUGUUGUUGAAUGAAGAUGCAAAAAUUGGUGAUAAAUUUAGGAAUGUUGGUUUUGAAGAUGAAAGAGGGUUGGUCGGCCAAGAAAUAUUUCUUUCUAGAGGGCUUGGCACAGAUGGUGGUAGCAGGGGUGGUGUUAGGGGUGGCGGCGGAGGGGGUGGGGGUGGUGGAAGUGAAUUUAAUCCAGCAGGCUCUAGUGGAGAUGGUGGUGACAACCACGAAGUUGAGAAGUACUACAAGAGGAUGGUGGAGGAAAAUCCUGGCAACUCCUUGUUUUUGGGGAACUAUGCUCAAUUUUUGUAUCAGUCAAAGAGAGACCUUGUCGAAGCAGAAGAGUUUUACUUUCGAGCCAUUCUAGCAGAUCCUAAAGACGGUAAAACUCUGUCACAAUAUGCUAAGUUAGUGUGGGAGCUACAUCAUGAUGAAGAAAGAGCUUCAAGCUACUUUGAACGAGCAGUUCAAGCGUCUCCUCGAGAUAGCCAUGUUCAUGCAGUUUAUGCUAGUUUCCUCUGGGAAACAGAGGAGGAUGCAAAUGAAUGUGCAGCGCAUAGCGGUAUUGAUUCCAAGCCCACACAAUUUCAUUAAGGAACAUUGACAAGUGCUUAAGCAACUACUCGGAGACAUUGUUGCAGUGCACAAUGAAGGAACAUUCCAAUGAAAUUAUACAUGUAUUAGAUAAAUGAAAGUGCCCUUUUUUCCCCUUAAUGGAAUCUUGUUAAUAGUGCAAACCAGAACUUGUAUACCACCACUUCAUAAGAAACACAUGAAGCUCAUUCCUGUUAUGACGGUUUAUGCUAGUGUUAAAUGAACAGCCAAGACCAAAGAAAAUAGGAGGAUUUCAAUUCAAUUGAUUCAUCUCAAAAUCACAAAA